AGGGGAACUAGAAAUACAGACCGAGCCUGUCUGUAAGAAGAUUAGAAGAGACCUAAGGAUAAACGACCGCAGACAAUAAAGAGAAGUGGACGGACCAUACAUUGUAUUUUUUACAGAAGUCAGAUUUAACCAUGAAUAAGGACACAGAGAUCGACAUGAAGGAAGUGGAGCUCAAUGAACUGGAUCCAGAGAAGCAGCCCAUGACUGGCGAUGGCCAGGCAGCAGGUGGAGAGAAGAAUGGCAGCGUCAAGCUGAAGGUCCCUGAGGACGAGGUUACAUUCACCGGCUUGUCCAAAGAGGAGCUGAUGAAGGUUGCUGGUACUCCAGGAUGGGUGCGGACCCGUUGGGUGCUUCUUGUCCUGUUUUGGCUGGGCUGGGUAGGCAUGCUGGCUGGAGCCAUUGUAAUCAUAGUGCAGGCCCCUCGCUGUAAACCCAUCCCUGAGAUGAACUGGUGGAAUGAAGGACCUCUGUACCAGAUCUCUGACCUCAUAGCUUUCUCUGAUGGAAUGGAAGGUGUUGGAGCAAAGUUGGAUGAUAUGAACCAGUUGAAGGUGAAAGGCCUGGUUCUCGGCCCUCUUCAUACCGUCCAGACUGACAAACCAGAAACACUGGAUCUUAAUGUAAUCAACCCAACCCAGGGAAACGAGAAAGAACUGGUUACUGUACUGGAGAAGGCCCACAAGAAGGGCAUUUCUGUGGUGCUUGAUCUGACUCCAAACUACCCGGGAGCUGCUUCCUGGUUCACCCCUGCUGAUUCUGGCGAUGUGAUGGAUAAACUCAAUGCUGCAGCAGAGCGCUGGCUGCGUUUGGGUGUUGAUGGCAUCAAGGUGUCUGACAUUGGUGUUGCCUCCAGCUAUCAGGACUGGUCUAAACUGCAAGCUGUUGUCCAGGGCAACCGCACUGAGGACACCAAGAAGAGGGUCUUGAUGGGUGUAGUUGAAGGUCUUUCGGCUGAAAUGGUGUCUCAGCUCGUCAAUACCACUGGUGUAGAUCUCGUCCUGUCUGACCUCCUCAGCAGCAAUAGUGGAGGUGUGGAGCGCAUUAAGGACAUGGACACCCUUCACUCUCAGCAGAGAAGUCUAGGCUGGGGUCUAGGUGCCACCAAACUGGUCCAGCUGUCUCAAGUAGCCAAAACUCCAUCCCUGAUCCGUCUCUACCACCUACUGCUCUUCACCAUGCCUGGAACCCCAGUGUUUACCUAUGGAGAUGAGAUUGGCCUUCACGGUGUAAACUCUUCUAAGAUGGUUUGGGAUGUAGAGAAGAAACCUGCUGAGGGAGCAGCUGUUAGUGAGGCUGCUGAGGCAGAGCGGAAGGAGCAGGCUGCUUUAAGGAAGUGGUUCAGAUCUCUCAGCGAGUUGCGAGGCAAAGAGCGCUCUCUCCUCCACGGCGACUACUAUCCUCUCUACUCCUCCGCCUCCUCCCUCUCUUUCCUCCGUCUGUGGGACCAGAGCGAGAGAUUUAUAACGGCUGUUAACUGGGGAGAACAACCUGAGACACUCAAAAUCUCACUGGCACCUACAGAGGGAGUAGAGUUGCCAGAGACAGCCAAGGUGAAGUUCUCAGCUGAAACAAACUCCACAGCAGACUUCCCAGUAGACUCCACAAUCAGCCUGGACAAAAUCACCCUGCAACCUGGACAAGCCAUCCUGCUGCAGUUCCCCUAUAUGGGCUAAAGAUGGUGCCAAACUGUAGGAAAGCUGCCUACAGACUAGCCCUGUUAAGAAGAAUUAAAGGCAGUCCUAAUCCUUAGGAAUAAAAUGGCAUGUUUAAAAGAAACAGGGCUUUAUCUCUUCACCAUAAUAAAUAGGACUUUCUAUCAGUUUAUUUAGUCAGAACAGAAAUAAAUUGGGUUAAAGAAGAUCUGCCUUACAUUUGCAGAAUGUUGACCAGUAUAAAACCUGGGCUUUUAUAAAGAUAACACACUUUUUUUAAGUUUAUUUUUGUGUUGUUUUCUUUUCUUUUUUUUUUUUGUUCUUUGGAAAAGAUGCAGCCACCUCAGACAUGCACUCAUCAAUUGAGCUUUUUGUCCAUUUGUGAUCUUUUAUUGUUGAUGCUCUGUAUAUUGUCCAGAUGUGUGAAAAACAUUCCAUUCCAUUCUUUGGGCAUUUCUUUAGCAGACCUUGUGGGGGGUUUUUUAAUUAUAGAUUUUAAGAAAUUCUGUUUUUGUGACAGUUUUACUUUCUUCAUGGCCCUUUUUUCUCACUGAAUGGCACACGGGAGAACAAGUUAACUUUGAACAUGUGCGGUGAAUCGGUUUGAGGUAUUUUAAGAGUGCUAGUAAACAAAAUUGUUGCAAGUGGCUUCAGGUCUGUCAAGUGAACUGAAUCGGAAAUGAAUAAACGGAAAGUUCUGUACCGAC